CCAGGGGUACCCUCAGCCUCCGCUCUGCCAGACGACCAGCAGUCUCGCUGCCAGAGUCCGGGAGGCGCACGGGACUCCUGGACCAACCUCACCAAGCUGCGGGGACCGGUGAGAACGAAGCCAUCACACGGGACAAGAGCUGAGUUAGCCACCACCUCCUACUCCGCACCUCCAGGCUAGCAGCAGCAGCAACAGCGGCGAAGGUAGCGGUGAAGGCGGCGGCGGCGGCGGAGAGGACAGCGAAAACUGCAGCCAGACAAGCCGAAGCAACAGCAUGGAUCUCUCAUUUAUGGCAGCCCAGAUUCCUGUUAUGGGAGGGGCUUUUAUGGAUUCACCAAAUGAAGACUUCAGUACUGAAUACUCCUUAUUCAAUUCAUCUGCCAAUGUCCACACAGCCACUUCAGGACCAAACCAACUGGAAGAGCCACCUCGUUCUUCCAAUGAUGCCAUCUUAUUAUGGAUUGCCAUAAUAGCCACCAUUGGGAACAUUGUGGUGGUGGGUGUUGUCUAUGCCUUCACCUUCUGAGCAAAACAAAUUAAGCAUCUGAAUGAGUCCAAAGAGGCAUUGUAUUCCUACUACCAGAUUUGGGAAGUUACACAAUGAUCAUAGACAGGAGACCAUCAACUGAGGGAGCAACAAGAAUUAGCAAGCAACAAGACAAUAGACUAUAAUCUCAUGUCUAGAGUGCUUUUUUACCUUCUGACUUUUUUGUGUGCACAAAAAAUGGUGAAAUAUCAGUUUCUGGAAUGUGAAUACAACCUUUAUACUGAUCUCUUUCUUCAAUAUGUAUCCACUGAAUAUUCAUUCUUAUUAUUCCUUUCCCUUCCAAUUAAAGUUCUAAAUAUAUCUAUCUUUUAAAAACAUUUCCUAAAAUUGUUUGCAUGUUUUAAUUCUUUAUCAACACCUUCAUUAUGACAAUGAGAAGGAAUCUCUUCUAUUUUAUCACAAUCUGUCACAUGUCUCAACCUUUGAAAAUCACAUGGAAAGUUUUAUGAGUUUUUUUUACUCUGCAUCAGGAGUUUGUUUGGGUCAUGGAUCCUUUUGGCAUUUUGAUGAAACCUAUGAACUACAUUUCAGAAUAAUAAUUUUUAAGAACCUCCUAAAUUAAGGAAAUGCUAAAUUUCUGUUGGAAGCUAACUAAAAUGAAGAUGUAACUGUUUUCAAUUGGGAAUUUUCAACUCACAGACCCCUUGAAAUUAAUUCAUGCUUACAGUCUAAGAUUACCUCUUUAUCUCCCCACAACCAUCUAGAAGAAUGAGCAUACUAGGGGUGUGAUAAUUCAGUAGAAUGGCAUGUUAACAGUUUCCUUCUGGGAAGUGAGAGACCUCAAGAUAUCAUUAAGAUCAGCACCCAACCUUCAGGCAGAUGGUUAUCUCUUCUUAUCCAGGGACCCAUGGAAGGGCUCUAUUACCAAUUAGCUGGGUUGGCAUCUGACCAUUUUCAAAAUAAAUCUUAAAUGGAUUCCCUGGAAGACAGCCAGAUCACUUUAACAUAGGAUCAUUAUGCAGAAGGUUCUUUAGAUACAGCUCCCAUACCUCUCUUGCCUAUCAGAUUACACAGAAUAGCUCCUGUCUAGUAGUGUGACUCAUAACAAAAAGCUUCAAAAAUGAACUCUACAUGUACUGAUGCUUUGGAGCACGAUAAUAGUAGCCUCCAGAAAAUCUUCAGCCAAAAUAGACAUUUAAUGUCAGUUUCCUGUAAAUCUCAUUCUCCAAGAACAUGGAAGAAUCUUUCUCUACAUUUGGAAAAAAAUAUGUAUAUGAAUAUUUACAUACACAUAUACACAUAUGUCGAUGCAUACACACACGUGUGUGUGUGCACGCACAUGCAACUUUAAUGCAGAAGGAACAAGAUUGGAGAGAAUCAUGAAAUAAAAUAUAGUUCCAGUCAGCAAGAAGAUUAAAGUUGAAAAUAGAAAAUUUUCAUUGAAAAUAGAAGCAAUAUGAAGCUACUACACAAGAGAUAUCAUAAGGCAAAACAUCUCAAGUUUUUAACACACUUACCCAAAAGACAUUUAAAUCUGUUAACCUCUCUGGGCCUAACUUUCUUCAUCUAUACAAGGAAGGAAUUGGGUUAGAUGACUCUGAUGUCUCUUCUAAUUCUAAAUCAGUUCAGUGACAUGAAUGGAUAUUACAAACAAUCAGUACUAUGAGAUCAUAGGACAUUGAGUUCUCAUCAAAUUACAAAUUAUAGAAUAAUUAGAUGAAUAGCUCAUUUUCACAUGAAAUCUUAAGGUUUACAGAGCAAAAUGGUUUUUAACAUUUCCUGAAUAGCAAGUCUUAUUUUCUUUGUUAUACUUCAUUUCACUGACCAAUGAACGGACACACAAUGUCAAAUAGGCUGCAGGAUACUUCUAAUGAUGUCUCAUAUGAAGGAAGUAGCAUAGAAGGUGUCAUAAAGAGCAUAUGUGGUAGAAAAAGAAGUUUAUUAGUCACAUGUCAGUCAUAAAGCACAACAGGUAACCAGACAGUUUGGAUUCUGAAUUGGUAUUCUUGAAAUAUUAAGAGAAUUAGCGGAAGACUUUUUAGUACCUUGGAUAGCUACUCAAUAGAGAACUUUUAAAAAGAUAUAAAGGAAUCUUUCAUAGGAUAAAAAAGUACAAAUGAGUGGCAGUUGGUACUGGUGAAAGGAGUAGCCACACAGAUGAGACCUCACAUUCAUAUGGUUUACAUGUUGACAUGAUGCUUAAUGGCUACAAAUCUUCUUACCUCUUUUAGCUAAUUUGGUCCCCAUGUUAAGCCUGGGAGGUAAGCAGGAUGAAUAAUACUAUCUCCAUGUUAUAGAUUCAAAAAGACUGAGUGAUUAGGUAAAGAAGAUAAAAAGGUAAUUACCUUUUUCCAAGAUAAUGAAGCCUAUGAGGAACUGAAUGAAAAUUUAAACAUAGGUCUUUUGACUCAAAAAUUAGUAUUUGUUUAUUUUUUCACUAUAGGGUUAAUUUUUGUCACUAACAACUACUCUUUAGUGAAAGACAGGGUAUCUGAGCUGAUCAAUAAACUUGUAGCAAGCUGUGAUGAAGUUGCAUUUCCCCUCAAAUUUCUUAUAAUUGUUGCUUAAUAAGAGCAAUCCUAAAGGUGUCUAAUUCUGAAAAGAGAGAUUUGAAUCAAUUUCUGAGGUACUCUGUACCAGACACUAUAAAAAUCUGUGCUGAGCAAUGCUUUUCAUUAUACCCAUUAGUUGUAUAAUUUUAACAUAAUAUGGAUUUCUGUAUAGUUACAUAAUUAUUAAUACAGUAUUAUUUCACUGAGUCAGUGAGUCUAGCUACAUUUUAUUUUUAAACUUAAUUUUCUAAGUGGACUUGUGGCCCAAACUUCAAGUAUUCACAUGUCCUCAUUUCCUCCAGUAUUAUACUUUGUCCCCACCCUCCACAUUUUACUUAGCACUAGGACAGAGUUCUAUAAAGUGGUGAUUCUUAUGUUUUGCAGAAUAUGACCUCUAAGAGGCUUUAGUUCUCUUCGCUCCCUUCCAAUAGAGUUUGGGCAAGAGGAUUAUAUUUCAUAUAGCCAUAUAAAAUGUCAGAGCUGGAAGGGGUCUUAUGAUUAUUAGAAUAUGGAAUAGUAGAAAUGUGAGGGCCAUAGAACCAUAAAAUAUUAAAGCUAAGAAGAUACUUGGACCAAAGGUAAGAAUGUUAGAUGGAACUGAAAAGAACUUUGAGGAUCAUCUCACUUAAUCCCCUUGUUUUAAAGAUGAGGAAACUGAGUCUAUGGAGUCAGAAGUUAUUUUUUCCAAAGUCAUUUGUCUUCUCUGAGAAUUUUUCCAAGUGUAUUUAUACAACAUUGGGUCAACAUACUGAUUCAAUCAAUUGGUUAGUUCAAUGAAGAAAAAAAUAUAUCAGACUUUAUUUAUUUGACACCAUGUUGGUCCUGUGGUGCUUAGGAAAAAAAAAACACUUUAAAAGAGAUCCUGUUAGAAGUCCUCCCAGAAAUGAACAAAUCUUCAUAUAUUGCCCCAGUAUUCCUGGAACUACUUGACAUACUCUUUAUUUAGUUUAUAAAAAGGCCUAGGUAGUGGAGCCAAUAUUUCCUUUAUUAAUAGGCUGCCUCAUUGAUCUGUUAAUGAGCUUUUUGCUAUAGAUCCAAAAAAAUAUAUAAAACAGUGCCCAUCCUUCAGGAUCAUAGAGUACAGUUGGGAUGACAAGAUUGAUAAUAUAUAUAAAAAUAUAGAUAAGGAUUCAAAGCAGUAAAAAAAGAUCUAACAUGUGAUAAAAAUAAUACAUAAUAUAGAAAUCUGAAUAGCAAAAGAACACUGUGGACUAGGAAGACUUUUAAAAAGUUGAUAGUUGAUCUGUGUCUUAAAGGAUGGGUAGAAUUUCUAUAGGCAGAGAUGGUUACUAACUGGAGAGGAUAGGAAUUGGAGGGGAGUUACUAAUGUAGAGAAUAGUUUGUGUGAAGAAGAAAGGAGGAGAAUACUAAUGAUCUUAACAGAAAAGUUGGCUAAUGCAUAAUGUCUAAAGUUCAUCAAUAUUAAUAGGAAUGGAUCUGAUAAAGGGAUACACUGGAAAAUCAAUAGAUGGCUAGAGCUUGUAUAAGUUGGAGACUAUACAAAGCUACUUGCUCAUAGUUCUUCUGAUAAAUUCCCUCUUUGGUCCUCAAAGUCUAAGAAAUACUCAGGAGUGUAUACAGUUUGCUUAAUUACAAAUAAAUAUCUAGGUGUAGUGGUUGAAAGACAGCCUCAUUAUGGAAGAUUUGGGUUCAAGUCCUCCUACUGAUACUUUUUGACCCCAAGCAAGUUAUUUAACUUCUCUCUAUUCUUAAGAUUAACAUUGAAGAAUAUUUGCUAGUAUGUAUUAGGUAUUAGUAGAAGGAGUUUUCUCCUUGAAAGAGGUCUAGAGCUGUGAAAUUCCAGGUCUAGACAAACAAAAACAAAAUGAUUCAUUGCUAUUUCUCUUCCACGGUCCUUUUGGGGCUUUGAAUGGGUCAAGAUGAUCUCUUUACAGGCUGCCAUUUUUCUGAAACUUUAUUCCCAUGACAAACAGUGCAGGAAAUGUGAAUGACAUAUACAGGGAGCACUGAGAUUUGGUAUUUUCCUGGAAGCUUUACCAAUUUAUUGAAUGAAAAGAUAUUUUAACAGUUUUUUUUUAAUGUCCUUUCCUAUUUAAAUAACUGGGGGGUUUCUCCAACAAUGUUAAUACUAUCUCUCUUUUCUUGUCUUUUUAACUUUGUUAAAAAAUGAUAUUGAUUAAAGUAAUAUCUAAAUGUGCUUUUAUGGAUCCAGUUCACAAAGCUAAAAGAUUGUUUUUAAUAGAGACUGUUUUUGUUUAAUUGACUUUGUAUAGAGUGUUUGUUCUUAUGCUGUUAUUGUCAUAUUAUAGCAAAUAUUUUCUUCAUAAAUGCUUGGUACUAAUUUGUCUAUAGAUACAGAGCAUUCAAUAAAGAACAUAAUCAAUUAAAUACAAAAAAA